CAGCAAUAGAAAUCCUGUCGGCGUUUUGUAGCUGUCUUGGAGCUACGGACCUUUACUACUGCAAGAAGAGGAAAAGGAGAGAGAGGCUGCACAGAUUAUUUUUCAGAAACACGAGCAUUAUCUUGCAGAAAAGAUGACAUUUAUUGGAUUAUUUUUCUUCUGUAUGCUGAUGAAUAUGCUAACAGACGCCCGAUCAAUCCGGGAUGGAGAUGCUCUCUACCGGGAACCUGUAGCCUUGCCGUACUGGCCCUUCUCAUCCAGUGAUUUCUGGUCCUACGUGGAAUAUUUCCGAACCCUGGGAGACUACAACAGAAUCAAUGAAAUGGCCAGAGCUUUCUUUGCCCAGUUCCCUUUUGGGAGCCACCUUGGCUAUCAUGUGCCUAACCAUGAGCACUAACUGCUUUGCUCAUUAUUUGUGAAGUUGGUGUCUUGGCAGUGUUGGCUUAAUGGUUGGAUUUGAUGACCUUAAAGGUCUUUUCCAGCCAAAACAACUGUGUGUUUCU